AUGGAAAACUCUGAGGAAUUAACAAUAAAUAAUAUCAAAAGAUUAAAAGCUGCACGAAUUUUCACUGAAAAUUCACGACCUAUUACCUCUAUAGAUUUUGAUAGUGAAGGCAAAAUAUGUGUAACUGCUUCUGAAGACGAUUCUAUUAAUGUUUAUGAUUGUCCAAGAGGAAGACACAAGAAAUUGUUGUUAAGUAAAAAAUAUGGAGUUCAUCUUACACGGUUCACACAUCUUUCUUCAAAUAUUUUAUAUGCGUCUACUAAAGGAAAUGAAAUUAUUAGAGUUGCUUCAUUGGAAAUGUCACCAAAAGAUGACAUGUUUAUAUCUGGUGCUAAAGAUGAUGUACGUCUUUGGGAUUUAAGGACAAGGAUGUGUGUGGGACAUCUUGAAUUAUCAUCUGGUGGCACACCAUUUGUUUCGUACGAUCCAGCUGGUCUUGUUUUUGCUGUAGGAUUACAAUCUUUAGAAAAUUCAGUACGGCUUUAUGAUGUGCGAAAAUUUGAAGAGCUACCUGACAAUUUUUCUGCACCUAGUACUUACCCAAACUUACCAGGACCUCCUGAAUGGACUGGACUAAAGUUUAGUAAUAAUGGACUAAAAAUUUUAAUUAAUACAUCAGGAGAUGUUCAUUAUGUUAUAGAUGCUUUUGAUGGAAAAUUACUUAGAAGAUUAGUGGGAUCUCAAGAUGGGAAAAUUCAUGUCUGGGAUAUUGAAGCAUCUGUUAAACAAUCAGAUAAGAUUUUAGGUGGUUUAGAUAUAAAACCUAUACAUGUCAUUGACCAUCAUGUUCGAGCAACUCAAGUUGUAAGAUUUAAUCCAAACAAUUUAAUGUUAGCAAGUGGUUGUAGGGAUUUGAUUUUUUGGCUACCUGCAGAAAAUCUUUGGGAAGGAGAUGACAACGUUAAUUCACAUAAUCGUUCUAUUGAUAAAAUGGAAAUUAUUGAAUAA